AUGGCUCCUCUCUUCGCAAAGCGAUUAACUUGCUUCUAUUGCGGGAGACGGUCUGCACAGACUGAAAAAGGCUCUAUCCGCAAAUGGCGCUGUAACGCUUGUGAGGCAAUAAAUUACCUGGAUGAAAAAGGACAAAUCGCGGACCCCCCAGCAGCAGAUACAAAUCCUAAUGUCUACGGUUCGGAUGUAUCGAGUACCCCUUUCGAGUCGACUGAUAUUACGGGCUCCGGUCUAUUCUGCGCGCAAUGCAUCCGAAAUCAGCAUCUUUUCACGAGUGCUCUCGCCGCAUAUUUCCCGCCAACAGACGAUCCAAACUAUGGCGCAUACGAACAAGAAUACCCGAAGUUUCGGAAGAACCUUGAAGAACGGUAUCCGCAAGUAUGCGCCAAAUGUGAGCCCAGGGUGAAAGACCGCAUCCGCCAGGCAGGAUACGAGGCAAAAUCAGACCACCUGAGACGUAUGAUGGAUCGUAGCAAAGCUGGAAGAGCAGCAAGGCAUGCACGCAAAUGGAAUUGGAGGAGCUUGUUGCUUUAUGCUGGCGCCAUGACUUACUGGGCUAGUGUUGCUGGCCAACUCUCCUGGAAUCUAGUGGGCGCUUUAGCUACUGAUGAAUUACUACGGGACCCGGAUGAUCUUCUUACACCAGCGUCCAUCGUAAAGUGUGUCCAGCAAACAUUAGAGACGCGCCGCAUGCCAAGUUAUUGCUUCGUUGAUCUGGCACCUUAUGCCGGCCUGUCUCUUGUAGCAGGCAUAAUUUCUGCCUGGUAUAACCCGAAACUGCGCUUCAAGGUUGAAGGGAGAGCUGGCCGCUUCGUCGGUCUAGGAGAAUACUACCAAGUCCAACUCAUUGUCAUGGUAGUGCGAUGUGUCUUUUGGGCUUUGCUUAGAGACCCUUCGGCAAAUGGUUUACAGUCGAAUCUUCCCCCGACCUUGCAUACGUUUAUGUUCAUAUUCACUGCUUUGUCUAGUCUGUUCUAUUCUCUAGGCGCAUUGCGCAGUAUGACACUCGCCCUCUGGUAA